GCGAGCUUUGCGCGUUCCCCGCGCCGGAAGCUCCAGUCGUUGGUGUUGAUGAGGGCAGCAGGAGUGAACCGGCACAGACAGUACCGGGGGGAGAGGAGCCGGUGAACGAAAUAACCAACAAUCUACGGAAUGAAACAUUGAUGCGUGGUUCAUCAGACUGAUCCUAACUCGUAUCUUUUCUGGACGCCAUUAUUUAAACAGCCCGACGACCAAGACUUAAAAAGCUCCGUCUACUUUUUGGGAAAGGACUUUGUUUUGGGGGAAGGAGCAUAAUAAGCGACCUGGUGUGUGAACAUAGUGUCUGGCCAGCUCUCUCUAUGUGUGUGACAAUGGGGGACAUCAGUGACCUGGACCGGCAGAUAGAGCAGCUCAGACGCUGCGAGCUCAUCAAGGAAAAUGAAGUCAAAGCACUGUGUGCCAAAGCCAGAGAGAUUCUGGUUGAAGAAAGCAACGUUCAGAGAGUAGACUCUCCUGUCACAGUGUGUGGAGACAUCCACGGUCAGUUCUAUGACCUGAAGGAGCUCUUCAGAGUUGGUGGAGAUGUUCCAGAGACUAAUUAUCUCUUCAUGGGGGACUUUGUGGACAGAGGCUUCUACAGCGUGGAGACGUUUCUUCUGCUGCUAGCACUGAAGGUGCGUUAUCCAGACAGGAUAACAUUGAUCCGGGGAAACCAUGAGUCCCGGCAAAUCACCCAGGUCUAUGGUUUCUACGAUGAGUGCCUCCGCAAGUAUGGCUCGGUAACCGUGUGGAGAUACUGCACUGAGAUAUUCGACUACCUGUCCCUCUCUGCUAUCAUCGAUGGAAAGAUCUUCUGCGUGCAUGGUGGUUUGUCUCCCUCCAUCCAGACACUGGACCAGAUCAGAACCAUUGACAGAAAACAGGAAGUGCCCCAUGAUGGGCCCAUGUGUGACCUUUUAUGGUCGGACCCUGAAGACACCACAGGGUGGGGGGUGAGUCCCAGAGGUGCCGGCUACUUGUUUGGGAGCGAUGUGGUGGCUCAGUUCAACGCCGCCAACGACAUCCACAUGAUCUGUCGAGCACACCAGCUGGUCAUGGAGGGCUACAAGUGGCACUUCAAUGAGACGGUGCUCACCGUGUGGUCAGCACCCAACUACUGCUACAGGUGUGGCAACGUGGCGGCCAUCUUGGAGCUGGAUGAGCAUCUACAGCGAGAAUUCAUCAUAUUCGAGGCAGCGCCACAAGAGACCAGAGGCAUUCCCUCCAAGAAGCCAGUGGCUGACUAUUUCCUGUAAGAUGUGUGCAGGCGGCCAUGAUGUGUUGAAAACUUGCUACCAUUUCAUCCUGCUGCUGGGCAGUUCUGAACUCUCAGCAGUCCGACAGAAACCCAACCCCAGCUCCAGCCUGCAGCGCUGGGGGUCUGCUGCACUGCCCGACCUGACAGCAGGUGGACAGGUGAGGCAGAUGCUGGGCCUACGACUGCUGUUACCUCUCCUCUGAUGCACCACAGCUACUUUCUGAAGGCCUUCAGCCAGCUUUCAUCGUUGUCCUGAUCUGUACAUACAACCCACCACAUUUUUUAAUCUAGUCUUUUAGUUCGAGAACGUUUACUUUUGUUUAACUUGUCUAGUUAAAUAAAGGUUUAUUUGAAAGGAGUUUUUCUUUUUUCUUUUUUUAAAUAUGCAGCUGUGAUUAAGUUUGACCAUUUUCAGGAAUUCCUACACCCCAUAUGUCUCUGAUUUUGUAUAAUCCCCCUCCCUCUCGUCGCGUCUUAUUUAACAUCCCAGGAGUUCAGCACAUCAUCUUUUCUCUUAAUUCCUUUUAAUCUGCUACUCUCUGUAGGUCUGUCAGUUUUGAUAUUGUGACAAUAAAGUUUUUGUAUCAAU